AUGAAGGACCAGCGUCCCAGGGAUUCCCUCAAAUGGCUUCUGUUUUGGAUCUUGUCCUUGAACUUCAUUGUCUUGCUUGGUUUCAGGCUGAAGUGGAUGAGACAGGAUCAUCAAGUAAUUUUACCAAUAUCAACCUGCAAUUCCACGACCUCGGUGACAUCAAGCAGAGUAAAACUCCUGGUCGAUCUGUGGAGUAGCGAUCUGGAGUCGAGAGCGAGCGGCACACCUCCACCCUUGAAGGUGACGAUCAAUGCACCGCACAUCCAGGAUUGCAAGCGUUGCAGCGAGGCGACUGCAGAGUUUGAUCGGGGAAAGGAUCCAUCCUGGAAGGGACUUGCCCAGUUAAAAGAGGAGAUUGACAUGAAUACAGAGACAAGCGGCACCGUUCCAUGGGUCAUUGGCGGUGAUGACGAUAAUCUCCCGUUAACACGACGCGUCCAGCGUGAGAUUUGGUUGCACCAACACCCGAGAAACUGUAGCAACGCGAGAUUUCUCCUGGCACCUUGGCACCACGACGAGACGCGCAAAUCGGUUGGAGUUGGAUCCGAUAUGGUGUCAAUGGCCGGAAUGUUUGGAGCUGCGCUGAUACAAGGCCGGGUUUUCAUCACCAAGGAUUACCACGGUGCCAGGCACAAAGGAUGCACAGGAUCUAACCACGCUCGCUGGUCGUGCUACUUUGUUCCCGAGGCUUCUGAGGAGUGCAUGGCAAGGGCACUGCGGCUUGCUUCGGAAAAACAGGCUUGGGACAAGGGAAUUAUCAAAGAGUUUAGUGGCAAUCAAUGGAAUGGUAAGAUUCCAAGUUUUUGGGGGGAGCCUUGGAAAGCAAUGCGACCUACUGUGGGAGUAAAGGGCAAGCUCAUGACACAUUAUAACGCAAAUCACCGAAGGUGGUGGAGAGCUCAGGCACUACGCUAUCUCACACGAUUUCCCAGUGAGUAUCUUUGCAAUCUUCUAAACCAAGAACGACACAGGGCCUUUGGGGAGGAAGCGGCAAAACUGGUGCUUAAAACUCUUUCCACCGAAUGGCCGCUCGCAAGAGAGAGUAAUCCCAUGGAAGAGCUUGUGUGGAGUGGCUAUGGACCUUGGAUGCCGCAGCCUCUAUUGAGCAUUCAUGUGAGACAGGGUGACAAAGCCAGGGAGAUGAAAGUUGUCUCGUUUGAAGAAUACAUGAAGCUUGCCAGUGUCCUCCAGAAGCGAUUCCCACACGUAAAAAAUGUGUGGCUUUCCACAGAAAUGCAGAACGUCGUGGAUGAAUCAAAGGAGUACAAAGGCUGGAAUUUUUAUUACAGCGAUGUUCCAAGGCAAGUUGGAACAAUCAGAAUGGCGGAGUAUAUGGCAUUGCUUGGAGACAAGAAAGCGUUUGACACUGCCUUCGUAAACUUGGUCAUGGCAGCCGAUUGUGAUUUCUUUGUGGGAGUGUUGGGCUCGACUUGGAGCUAUAUAACUGAUGACUUGAGGAUGACCAGCGGCAAAAUUAAGGCUGGCUUCCUUAGUGUUAACUCUAUCAAUAGCCUCCUUAGAAAAUAA